CGGACCGGGGGUGUCAGAGCGCGUCAGGCAGGGCGCCUGCACACACCUCCCGGAGCCUCCACUGUACUUGCCCGCGCGCCGUCGCCUCUGCCCGCAGCCGCGCCUUCCAUGGGGGUCGCGGGCCGCAGCUGUCCCGGGGCGGCCGGGGCGCUGCUGCUGCUGCUGCUGACCGCAGCCCUUCCUCUGGGCCGGGGCCGCGCCCCGGGGCUGCUAGAAGAUGUGGACGAGUGUGUCCAAGGGCUAGAUGACUGCCACAUCAACGCCCUGUGUCAAAACACAGUCACCUCGUACAAGUGUUCCUGCAAGCCUGGCUACCAAGGGGAGGGCAGGCAGUGUGAGGACAUUGAUGAAUGUGAAAACGAACUCAACGGAGGCUGUGUCCAUGACUGUUUGAAUAUUCCAGGCAAUUAUCGCUGUACUUGUUUUGAUGGCUUCAUGUUGGCUCAUGAUGGUCAUAAUUGUCUUGAUGUGGACGAGUGCCUAGAGAACAAUGGCGGCUGCCAGCACACCUGUGUCAACGUUAUGGGGAGCUACGAGUGCCGCUGCAAGGAGGGUUUUUUCCUGAGUGACAAUCAGCACACGUGCAUUCACCGCUUAGAAGAGGGUCUGAGCUGUAUGAAUAAGAAUCACGGCUGUAGUCACAUCUGCAAGGAGGCCCCGAGGGGCAGCGUCGCCUGCGAAUGCAGGCCUGGCUUUGAACUGGCCAAGAACCAGAGAGACUGCGUCUUGACCUGUAACCAUGGAAAUGGUGGCUGCCAGCACUCCUGUGAGGACGCGGCUGAAGGCCCAGAGUGUAGCUGCCAUCCACAGUACAAGAUGCACACAGAUGGGAAGAGCUGCCUUGAGCGAGAGGACACUGCCUUGGAGGUGACAGAGAGCAAUGCCACAUCCGUGGUGGAUGGGGACAAACGGGUGAAACGGCGGCUGCUCAUGGAAACGUGCGCUGUCAACAAUGGAGGCUGCGAUCGCACCUGUAAGGAUACUUCGACAGGUGUUCAUUGCAGUUGUCCUGUUGGAUUCACUCUCCAGUUGGAUGGGAAGACCUGUAAAGAUAUUGAUGAGUGCCAGACCCGCAAUGGAGGUUGUGAUCAUUUCUGCAAAAACACCGUGGGCAGUUUUGACUGCAGCUGCAGAAAGGGAUUUAAAUUAUUAACAGAUGAGAAGUCUUGCCAAGAUGUGGAUGAAUGCUCUUUGGACAGGACCUGUGACCAUAGCUGCGUCAACCACCCUGGCACAUUCUCAUGUGCGUGCAACAAAGGUUACACCCUCUAUGGCUUUACCCACUGUGGAGACACCAACGAGUGCAGUGUCAACAACGGAGGCUGUCAGCAGGUCUGUGUGAACACAGUGGGCAGCUACGAAUGCCAGUGCCACUCUGCAUACAAGCUCCACUGGAAUAAAAAAGACUGUGUGGAAGUGAAGGGGGUCUUGCCCACUAGUGUAUCACCCCACGUGUCCCUGCAUUGCAGUAAGAGUGGCGGAGGAGACAGGUGCUUCCUCAGAUGUCACUCGGGCAUUCACCUCUCUUCAGGACUGCAAGAGGCCUACUCUGUCACCUGCGGCUCUUCCUCUCCUCUCAGGAACAAACAGCAAAAAUCAAAUGACUCUGCUUUUGGGGAUGUCGUCACCGUCAGAACAAGUGUAACCUUUAAACUAAAUGAAGGCAAGUGUAGUUUGAAAAAGGCUGAGCUGUUUCCCGAGGGUCUGCGAUCAGCACUACCAGAGAAGCACAGCUCAGUAAAAGAGAGCUUCCGCUACGCAAACCUUACAUGCAGCUCCGGCAAGCAAGUCCCUGGAGCCCCUGGGCGACCAAGCGCCACUAAGGAAAUGUUUAUCACUGUUGAGUUUGAGCUUGAAACUAACCAAAAGGAGGUGACAGCUUCUUGCGAUUUGAGCUGCAUGGUAAAGCGAACAGAGAAGCGGCUCCGGAAAGCUAUCCGCACACUCCGGAAGGCUGCUCACAGGGAGCAGUUUCACCUCCAACUCUCAGGCAUGGACCAUGAAGUGGCUAAAAAGUCUCCCAGAACAUCUGAACGCCGGGCAGAGUCAUGUGGAGCGGGCCAGGGCCACACAGGAAAUCAGUGUGUCAGUUGCAGGGCUGGGACAUAUUAUGAUGGAGCACAAGAACGCUGCAUUUUAUGUCCAAAUGGAACCUUCCAAAAUGAGGAAGGACAAAUCACAUGCGAACCGUGCCCGAGACCAGAAAAUCCUGGGGCCCUAAAGCCCUCAGAAGCUUGGAAUGUGUCUGAAUGUGGAGGUCUGUGCCGACCUGGUGAAUAUUCUGCAGAUGGCUUUGUACCCUGCCAGCUCUGUGCCCUGGGCACAUUCCAGCCUGAAGCCGGCCGUACUUCCUGCUUCUCCUGUGGAGGCGGCCUCUCCACCAAACAUCUGGGAGCCACUACCUUCCAGGACUGUGAAACCAGAGUUCAGUGUUCACCGGGACACUUCUACAACACCACCACUCACCGAUGUAUUCGUUGCCCAGCAGGAACAUAUCAGCCUGAAUUUGGAAAAAAUAAUUGUGUUUCUUGCCCAGGAAAUACUACGACUGACUUUGAUGGCUCCACAAACAUAACCCAGUGUAAAAACAGAAGAUGUGGAGGGGAGCUGGGAGAUUUCACUGGAUAUAUCGAAUCCCCCAACUACCCAGGCAAUUACCCAGCCAACACUGAGUGUACCUGGACCAUCAACCCACCCCCCAAGCGCCGCAUCUUGAUCGUGGUCCCUGAGAUCUUCCUGCCCAUAGAGGACGACUGUGGAGACUACCUGGUGAUGCGGAAAACCUCUUCAUCCAAUUCUGUGACAACAUAUGAAACCUGCCAGACCUACGAACGCCCCAUUGCCUUCACCUCCAGAUCAAAGAAGCUGUGGAUUCAGUUUAAGUCCAAUGAAGGGAACAGUGCCCGAGGGUUCCAGGUCCCAUACGUGACGUACGAUGAGGAUUACCAGGAACUCAUUGAAGACAUAGUUCGAGAUGGGAGGCUCUAUGCAUCUGAGAACCAUCAGGAAAUACUUAAGGAUAAGAAACUGAUCAAGGCACUGUUUGAUGUCCUGGCCCAUCCCCAGAACUAUUUCAAGUACACGGCCCAGGAGUCCCGGGAGAUGUUUCCAAGAUCUUUCAUCCGAUUGCUCCGUUCCAAAGUGUCCAGGUUUUUGAGGCCUUACAAAUGAGUCUGCCCACGUGCCACUCAGUACCAUGUCCUGCCUGUGAGCUGGUGGGAUGCAGCUGUCUGCUCCAGUAGCCAGCACAGUCAGAUAUUGCUGCUUCCAUAGCAGUGACUCGUUAGAGUUCAAUUUUUAUAGAUAAUACAGAUAUUUUGGUAAAUUGAACUUGGUUUUUCUUUCCCAGCAUUGUGGAUGUAGACUGAGAAUGGCCUUGAGUCACACCCACUUCUCAUUGCUGUGGGUAGAUGUCUUGGAUACAUCAAGGGCUGGCUGAACUGGACCUCUGUCAGCUCAGUUGAGACUCACCUGUCCUUCCUGGUUCUCACUCCUCCUCAAGCGGGCUGUGGUGGACAGGAGGCCACAGAAGGGGCUGCCUUGUCUGAGAUUUACACUUCCUCCAGCCCAGCCCUCCUUAAGGGAGCCGCCUGCAUCCAGAUACAGGCUCUGACCAGGCAGAGCAAGAAGGGAGGGAGGAAGGGAGAGCCCUCUAGGUGCCAUCCACAUACCUGAGACCAGGGAGGACUCCAUUUUUCCACAGCCUUCUCCUCCACCCUGUGUGACCUAAGUUUGAUCCCAGGAGCUUGAGUUCUAAGCAUUGAUCAUUAAAAUAUACUUAAAGCAGAAAGAAUUAGAAAUAAACAGAUAACAACUACGCACUUCCUCAGACAUCAUGAUGUAGGCCAAUGACGGCCUUCCUCGUUGCCAGUUUCCACCCAGUGGCAAACGCACAGGGCAGGUCUUAGCACCAGCUGUGCCUCUGGACACUCUGCCUGGCAUGGUGUUCCGGCUUGGAGAGUUCAGGUCGGACAUGAUUCUUUGGUGGAUGAGAAUUAUCAACCUUCAUGUAAAGGAGAUUUCACAAACCUUGAGUCAGUACCACCUAGGGUCCUGUUUCCACAGUGGGCUUCCCACCAUGGGUGUCCGAGGUCCAGGUGGGACAUGGUGUGGAUCCCCUUGUUCUGCUUGCCUUCCUUCCCCAUUCUCCAAGGUCAGGGACUGACUCAGCUCCAAGGACAU